UUAUUUGCAACAAGCAAUGAAAAACCAUGAAAAUUGAAAAUUGCUGCAAAAUUAACGAAAAAUCUAUAUAAAAUUAAUAAAACAAACUUAUUAAAAUUAUGGCAAAGUGUAUCCGUUCAUAACAAAUCAAAGAAAAAGUAAAAUAGUUGUAUUGGGCAAACAAAUUUCGAAAGGAGAAAUUGCAUUCAAUUCAAUUAUAAACUUAGCAUCACGAAGAAAAAGAAGUUGAUAAAGUGUAUGAAGAGGCAAGACACUGACAGUGAAGACAAAAACAAAGACUACGGAAUUCAAUAGAAUUUUUUAUUCAUUACCCUGCACUUUGGGGGUCAAUUUAUUGUAAAAAGGAUACCAAAUAACAACAAUUUUUACAAGCAAGGCUACAUUUUACAAAUAAUGGAUGAUACAAUGAAGGUUAAGGAUCAAUGUCAUAAUAGCACUACUACAAAUGACAAGGUCAAUGCAGAGACUUUGUUGUCGUUACAGCAGCAUCAAUACAAUAAUGAUAACUCGGUUGUUGUUGAUGAAGAUGGAAAGGAAGAGGAGCAAAAUAACGAAUCUAGCGACCCUGGUUCUGAGAGUCCGGACGAGAGUAAUGGCAAAAUGGUUUAUCAUAUAAACAUGUUGCCGGAUGAAAUGUUGGAAUUUAUUUUAACCUAUUUACCGCCCUACAAGGAUUUGGAAAAUUGUAGUUUAGUGUGUAAAAGAUGGCAAGAUAUAGUCAAAAAUCUAAUAAGACGUUCGAAAAUUAAUCUGCACAAAGGACUGCAAGAUUUUCGUUUGUGCUGGCAAGUAUUUUCUCAACAAACUGCUGCUUCAAUCGAGGCCAACAACGGCAGUAUUUGCAAUAGUCCCACAGUGCCCGUUAUUGCUGGACGUUUCUCGCAUUCGGCUGUGCGCCAUGGAAAUUCGAUGUAUAUUUUUGGUGGAGGAUCUUCGUCCGAUACAACUUUUAACGACCUAUGGCGUUUCGAUUUAUCGGAAAUUCAAUGGGAGCGACCGUUAUCAAUGGGUUCAUAUCCAUCACCAAAAGGCAGCGCCUCAAUGGUGGCUUGGAAGGACCAACUAGUACUGUUUGGUGGUUGGCGUUAUCCCUCUUUGCAUCCUCCCUAUCAGCCAUGGUGUUUAUUUGACGAAUUGCAUUACUACGAUUUGGCCACAAAUCGUUGGUCGGUUGUGAUGUCAAUGUCAAGACCACCACCUAUAGCCGGCCAUUCGGCUAGUGUUCAUGGAGAUAUUAUGGUCAUAUUUGGUGGCUAUAAAAUAUCGGAUGGUGUCAAUUCGAAUUCAAAUGAAACUUGGUGUUUAGAUCUGAAGGAGCAUCGCUGGUGGCAGCCAUUGUUUGUGGGGAGUGUGAAGCCACCGGCUCGUUAUGGUCAAUUUCAAUUAGUUUUAGAUGAGAAACAUUUACUUAUAGUGGGUGGCUGUGGUGGUCCUAAUAGUGUAUAUUCUGAUGCUUGGUUGUUGGAUAUGACGAGAGAUUUGUGGAUGUGGAAAUCGAUACCAGUGCGCAAUAAAAAGUUUUCGGCCUCUCAUAUGUGGUGUAAUCCUGCCUGUAAAAUAGACUCGAAAUUGGUAGUUUUGGGACCUACUCCCAAUAUGCCACAAGAUUUUCAAUUGAUGAAACAAACAAGAGUUCCUGUUGGUGGUGGUUUGCCAGCGCCCCGCUUAGCGGCCCGGGGCCAAAACCAGCACAAUAAUCCCUUGAAUAGACCUGGUGGCCAAGGAGGUAAUCAUAAUCCAGUAAUACGAAUACCUGCUAAUAAUCACAAUCGUUUACAAAAUAAUCGAUUAAAUGGUGCUGGCGGUGGUAAUAUACCCCGUGAAGGACCGGACGAUCAAUAUUUUGCUCAGCGUAGAGCCAUUUUGAAUCAGCAUCAACAAAACGCAAGCAAUAACAAUUUCAUUAACAAUCACAAUCAAAAUAGCAAUUUUCAACCUCGUAGUGGCAGCAUAAGACAGUUACACACUCCACCGGAAGAAAGUAAUCACAAUCGUCCUUCCACUUCGGGUGUUGGAUCACCACGUUUGAAUGGCUCUGCAUCCACGCGCAAUGACAACGAUGUGUCGCCUCCAGGCCGAAAUGGUGGCGGUGUUGGUGGUCUGGAUCAAGAAGCGGCUAGUCGCCUACAGCGGAAUCUCGCCCUAAGAUGUCGGGAAAAUGAACCUUUACUGCCUAAAAGAUUUGAUGAACUAUACGAAGAUCCUUUUCGUAUGGCUGCCUUCAAUGUACAAAACCGUCCACGAUCCUUAUCGAAAGAUCACAAUGAACGCAUUCGCCGCAUGGAGGAAAAGAUGAAUGCUUUGCGAAAUUCUCGACGCAAUGCCAUGGCCGAACAGAAAUCCAUUAAGGAGCCUUCUCCUAAACGCGUUAAACGCAAUGUACACUCACUCUUUGUGUGUGAUCUUUCGCAUGCUCUCUCUGAAUUGGAUCCCUAUUUGGAGUGGUUGGAAUAUAAGAAUUAUGGUGUCAUACCCGGAGCUCCCGAGCGGCUUAUUUUAUCCACAAUGGUACCAGGCCAUGGUGAAUUGAUAUUGUUCGGUGGUGUUCACAAAGAAACUUUAAAUGAAAUUACCCAUCAAGUUUCAAAUACCGUACAUUUCUUAAGUGCUCCGAGAGAUAUAGUUUAAGUUGAAUUUGCUGGAUUUGAAUGUGAAUUCAUUAUGUGAAAUGUGUGUAUUGAUUUAUUUAAGAUGAUCUCCUCAAAAUUUCUUCUGGAGAAAUUGCAACCGUACAAGAUUUAACUAAAUGAUGCUUAACUAUUAUUUAUAUUAUUGUAUGUUGAUGCACUUUGCUUCUUGCAUGGUUUUCAUUAUUAUUAUUACUUUUUUUUUUGUAAGUUAAAGAAUUUUUUUUCUUUUUAUUUCAUUUAUUCUCUUAUAUUUAAGCCACUGUGUUUAUUCCCUUACAAAAUUUUCAGUUAACAAAAUACGAAGUAUUUGUUCAAAUUAAACAUGCUGUUUACACUGAUCUUACCUAAUAAAUAAAAUUCAAAAUGCGAUAUUAAGAAAUAAUAAAUUAAAUCUAUAAAUAAAGUAAAAGCUGCCAUGUAGCACGCUAAUAUUAUAAUUAAAA